AUGUUAACAUUAUCAUAAAUGGAUGAAGUUAUCAAAAUAACAGAAUAACAUAUGCUUGAUUGUUAAAUUAAUCAUGAUUUCAAAGAGGCUAAUGAAGUUAAAUCUAAAUUAUUACAAAUGAAAACUAUUCGAGAUCUCUUAGAAAGAGAAGAAAUCAUAGAAUAAUUUAAAUUAGGAGAACAAAAAAUUCAUUCUAUUACUAAAUCAUAAAUAGAUGAAGUCAAUCAAUACUUUGCUUAAUUGUUGGAAAAAUUUAAUUAUUAAAAAAGUCAAGCACUUUAAUAAUUGUGGCAUUAAUAAAAAAUAUAAUUAUAAAAAUCUGUUUUCUAUAAGAGAUAAUAAAAUGCAGAAUAUUAGAACCUAUAAAAAAUUUUGACAUACUUAUCAAAUUAAAAAGAAUUUAAAAAAGCAGAGUUAUAUCAAGUUUACUUAAAAGAAGCUAAUUAAGAUCAUAUGAGAAGAACUCAAUCAGAAUAAAGAUAAACUUAAGAAACUCAAUAGAGAGUACUUAAAUAAAAACAUGCUCAUUAAGAAGAAGUACUUAUGAAUAAAUUUAAUGAUCAAGAAUAACUUAUUAAAUUAGAAAUGAAUAAAAGAUUAUAAGAAAUCGAAUAAAAAAAAAUAAAUUAAAUAUCAUAAUUAUAAUUAGAUAGAAAUCAAAAAAUGGCUUAACUUGAAAAAAGCCGAACAAAAUCUAUAAAAGUGUAAAUUUAAUCAUAAUUAGAUGAAAUGGAAAAAUGUGCUUUCAUUUUAAAAUGA